UGACCUCAAACUUCGAUGGAUUCCACUUGCCUCAUCUCCCUGAUAGCUGAGAUUACAGACAUAUGUAGAGUGUGUCGGUCAGAAGGGACACCUGAAAAACCUCUUUAUCAUCCUUGUGUAUGUACUGGCAGUAUUAAGUUUAUCCAUCAAGAAUGCUUAGUUCAGUGGCUGAAACACAGUCGAAAAGAAUACUGUGAAUUAUGCAAACACAGAUUUGCUUUUACACCAAUUUAUUCUCCAGAUAUGCCUUCACGGCUUCCAAUCCAAGACAUAUUUGCUGGACUGGUUACAAGUAUUGGCACUGCAAUACGAUAUUGGUUUCAUUAUACACUUGUGGCCUUUGCAUGGUUGGGAGUUGUUCCUCUUACAGCAUGCCGCAUCUACAAGUGCUUGUUUACUGGCUCCGUGAGCUCACUACUGACACUGCCGCUAGACAUGCUCUCAACGGAAAAUUUGUUGGCGGAUUGUUUGCAGGGUUGUUUUGUGGUGACGUGCACAUUGUGUGCGUUCAUCAGCCUGGUGUGGUUGCGAGAGCAGAUAGUCCACGGGGGAGCCCCGAUUUGGUUGGAACAUGCUGCUCCGCCCUUCAAUGCUGCUGGACACCACCAAAAUGAGGCUCCAGCAGGAGGAAAUGGUGCAGAAAAUGUUGCUCCUGAGCAACCUGCUAACCCACCAGCUGAGAAUGCAGUGGUGGGAGAAAAUCCCGAUGCACAGGAUGAUCAGGCGGAAGAGGAAGAGGAAGACAACGAGGAGGAAGAUGAUGCAGGCGUGGAAGAUGCAGCGGAUGCUAAUAAUGGAGCCCAGGAUGACAUGAACUGGAAUGCUUUAGAAUGGGACCGAGCUGCAGAAGAACUCACAUGGGAAAGAAUGCUAGGACUUGAUGGAUCACUAGUUUUUCUGGAACACGUCUUCUGGGUUGUGUCUUUAAAUACACUGUUCAUUCUUGUUUUUGCAUUUUGCCCUUACCACAUUGGUCAUUUCUCCCUUGUUGGUUUGGGAUUUGAAGAACAUGUCCAAGCAUCUCAUUUUGAAGGCCUAAUCACAACCAUAGUUGGGUAUAUACUUUUAGCAAUAACACUGAUAAUUUGUCAUGGCUUGGCAACUCUUGUUAAAUUUCAUAGGUCUCGUCGCUUACUAGGAGUCUGCUAUAUUGUUGUCAAGGUCUCUUUGUUAGUGGUGGUAGAAAUUGGAGUGUUCCCUCUCAUUUGUGGCUGGUGGCUGGAUAUCUGUUCCCUGGAAAUGUUUGAUGCUACUCUGAAAGAUCGAGAACUGAGUUUUCAAUCGGCUCCAGGUACUACCAUGUUUCUACAUUGGCUAGUAGGAAUGGUGUAUGUGUUCUACUUUGCCUCCUUCAUUCUGUUACUGAGAGAGGUACUUCGACCUGGUGUCUUAUGGUUUCUAAGAAAUUUGAAUGAUCCAGAUUUUAAUCCAGUACAGGAAAUGAUCCACUUGCCCAUUUAUAGGCAUCUCCGAAGAUUUAUUUUGUCAGUGAUUGUCUUUGGCUCCAUUGUCCUCCUGAUGCUUUGGCUUCCUAUACGUAUAAUUAAGAGUCUACUGCCUAAUUUUCUUCCCUACAAUGUCAUGCUGUACAGUGAUGCUCCAGUAAGCGAACUGUCCCUUGAGCUACUUCUGCUUCAGGUUGUCUUGCCAGCAUUACUCGAACAAGGACAUACGAGACAGUGGCUGAAGGGGCUUGUGCGAGCAUGGACUGUCACUGCGGGAUACUUGCUGGAUCUUCAUUCCUAUCUGUUGGGAGACCAGGAAGAAAGUGAGAAUAGUGCAAAUCAACAAGUCAACAAUAACCAGCAUGCUCGAAAUAACAACGCUAUUCCUGUGGUGGGAGAAGGUCUGCAUGCAGCCCACCAAGCCAUACUCCAGCAGGGAGGUCCUGUCGGCUUUCAGCCUUACCGCCGGCCUUUAAAUUUUCCACUCAGGAUAUUUCUUUUGAUUGUCUUCAUGUGUAUCACAUUACUGAUUGCCAGCCUCAUCUGCCUUACUCUACCAGCCUUUUUAUUUUCAGUAUUUGCUGGCCGUUGGUUAAUGUCCUUUUGGACUGGAACUGCCAAAAUCCAUGAGCUCUACACAGCUGCUUGUGGUCUGUAUGUUUGCUGGCUAACCAUAAGGGCGGUGACUGUGUUGGUGGCAUGGAUGCCUCAGGGACGAAGAGUGAUCUUCCAAAAAGUUAAAGAAUGGUCCCUUAUGAUAAUGAAGACCUUGAUAGUUGCUGUGCUGCUGGCUGGGGUUGUCCCACUCCUUCUGGGGCUCCUGUUUGAGCUGGUUAUUGUUGCUCCCUUGAGGGUUCCUUUGGAUCAGACUCCUCUUUUUUAUCCAUGGCAGGACUGGGCACUUGGAGUCCUGCAUGCCAAAAUCAUUGCAGCUAUAACGUUGAUGGGUCCUCAGUGGUGGUUGAAAACUGUAAUUGAACAGGUUUAUGCAAAUGGCAUCCGGAACAUUGACCUUCACUACAUCAUUCGUAAAUUGGCAGCUCCAGUGAUCUCUGUGCUCUUGCUUUCCCUGUGUGUACCUUAUGUCAUAGCUUCUGGCGUUGUUCCCUUAUUAGGUGUUACUGCAGAAAUGCAAAACUUAGUCCACCGGCGGAUUUAUCCAUUUUUACUGAUGGUUGUGGUAUUGAUGGGAAUCUUGUCCUUCCAGGUUCGCCAGUUUAAGCGCCUUUAUGAACAUAUAAAAAAUGACAAGUACCUUGUGGGUCAACGCCUGGUGAACUAUGAGAGGAAAUCUGGCAAACAAGGAACAUCUGUGCCACCUCCACAGUCGUCCCAAGAAUAAAGUGGUUGUCUCAACUCCUUGACCUUCCCCUUGCCUUUACGUGUCCUUUUUUGUGGACUUCUCGCUUUGGAGAUUUCACCCCGUGAUCUCUCAGCGUUGUUUUUAAGUUAAAUGUACUUGACUUGUGUCCUCAGCAUCCAGAGAGUAGCGUGUAAGGCUCUGCUGCUCUUCCCUGCAUCUGCCGACAUCACUGCUGUCUGAGAUCUGUAUAUGUGUAAAUAGAAGUUCCUUGAUUUCCCUAAAACCUUGGAUUAAACAGAAUGUGCAUUGUACAUCUUUAAACAAAAUGUAUAUUAAUUUAUUAAAUCUAGUUGUCACUUUAUUUUGGACCUGCUGUGAUCUCGACAGGAAACGUGCCACAGAGCAAUAGUACACAGGCGAGACCUUUCAGUGACGUCUUGUGGAACGCAGUUCUCGGUUUUCCUAGCAAUUCUCACUAAGCAGACUGUACAUCCUGUCUUUCUUGGCUCUUCACACCUUUCCAGGAACCUAAAAGGAAACCAGUAGAAAGCAGUAGUGAAGUGUCUGUGGUAAGAAAACAGCAAUUUUGAGCUUCACUGUCAGUCGUUUUGGGAAGUUAUUUUGUAUAACACCAAAGCUGUUGUACAUUUUCUACUGCCUGAUUUUUUUUCAUGUGUCUGUGUUUGUAAUAUUGUAUAGUAUGUUGUGCUAGGUGAGGAGAUUAUUUUUAAUUUUGAUAAUUUAAUAUUCCUAGUGAUCAGCAUUGGGAGUUGGGUUUUGUGCUUGUUAGGGGCAUGUCUGUACUUAGGGGAAAAAAACCAUACAAAUGAAGAUUUUCAUUAGUUCCUUGUCCCCCCUUCCACACAACUUUUUGACAGCAGUGGCCCAAAGUGUCGUGCAAGAUCAUAAAUCUCUCACAGAAUAACAUCACCAACAAUAUUACAUCUUACUGGACUUAGGACAUUCUGAGAUGCUUUUAAGUGUAGAUGUGGUCAUGGUCUUGGUUUGACAGUGUUAGAGAAAGCUGGUUAGAACACCUAGUCCUUCUGGUGAGUGCAUCAUCGGGUGAGGAGUAGUGAGUACAUUUCUCCUGUGUUUUCAUCAGUAAAUCCCAAAGUUUCCAAAGCUUUUUUGUUUACAGAAUAAAACUGCGAAUAAAACCAACUCUUUUUGUCCAGAAGGAAGCUGGCUUGAGCUGGCCUUUUAACAUAGGAAUGUAUUUCAUUGGAAAUGUGCUGUAACGUCUCAGAGAACUGGAUACUUAACAGACUUGGUUUUCCCUUAUAACCAAAGUUUCAAGUUCAGAGUUUGGAGGAGUAGAAUGGUUGAGCACAUAAUCCAAGUAUUUAAUGGUAUUGGUUUAUUGUAAGGGUAGUGUUUGCAUUUGAGUGACAACUUAGUUCUCAUAGAAAAUGGGCAGCGUAGAUUUUCAGAAAGUAUAAAAAAAUUUCUAUAUAGUAUUAAAACUCAUAUGUUAAAAUCGGAUAUAUUUUUUUUUAACAAUAUGAAAAUCAGCCAAAAAUAAGCAACCAAAAUCAAGAGCAACAAGUUCUGGUGGUUUCAUUUUUCAACAAUUCUUCCUUAAAUUGUAAGGAAAUACUUCAAAAUAUAUUUUAAAACAUCAGUAUCGAGGAAGAAUAUUGCUUGACAUAGGAUUCAGUGUUAACACUAUUUGGCACUUUGAGAUAGCCUUUUCUCUUGUGUUUGAAACAAGUCCUUUGCUAGCUCUACCUUUACUGGAAAUUUAGUCUUACUAUAAAAAGUUGGGAGCAUUUUAAAUGUAAUGCCACCUAUUGUUUUGACUAUAUAAGUUGUUCUCUUGGGGAAGAACAAUAUUGAUUUGGGCAUAUAACUUGAUUAUAUUAAUUUAAGUUUUUUAUAAUUUUUAAGUAAUUUGUAGAUCUUGAUAACUCAUUGGAACACAUUUUAACAGAUCUAGACAGAUAAUCAUAAAUGGCUAAAAGUGGAUCAUCCUUCACAAUUUUAAAUCAGUCUUAUUAGAUGCUUUGUUAAAAAAAAAACACAUCAGAGUAACUAAAAAAGUCACCCUCAUGUCACUGGAAAAUAACUUUAUAUUGUCUUAUUGAGAAAUUCCUCCUAGUUUUGUUGUCAUGGUGCUGGGGACAGAACCCAGAGUCUGGCACAUGCUAGGCAAAUGCUGUGUCACUGAGCUAUAUCACCAGCCCUCCAGGUUCUUCAGUUUUUGUUUUUUUUUUUUGGUCCUGUUCUCUUCCAUAAGAUAAAUCCUAACAUAAGGAAGGUAUUUCUGGCUAAUAUUUGCUUGGGUAGUAUCCAGAUUUUAUUAUUAACCAAUAGUCACAAAUAUUUAAAAACCAUAAUUCAGAAGGUGCCAGUAUUAGUAUUGCUGCCCUUCUUCAUGUAGACUUUAAAAAAAUACUUUUAGUGUAGUUUUGCUUCCUUUUACAUUGGGCUGAAACCGUCUUCAGGGAAGUUUUACUGGGAAAGAAGCCUUUUUGCUUUAUUUUUACUAUUUAUAAAUUGAAGACAAAUCAUCAGCUGGGGUUAGUUUUACAUGACUAGUUAUCAAAAGUCAUGGUACAUAUUGUACAUUUCUUCAUUAUUAGCAAAUUAUGUUUGAGUUUUAGAUUAAAGUACUAAUAGUUGAUAAAAACUGAAGAAAAAUGCCAAUGUGAAAUUUGCAUAUAGCUAGCCUUAAAAAAGCUCCAUGUUUUUAAGUUUUAAUUUUUUUUUUCCUGUUCUCCGGAGAAACAAAGGAGAUGGGACAUCUCAAUUCCACAUGUAAGCAAGUAAUUUUUAUUUCAACAUUUAAUAUAAUUGUUAUAAAUGUGAAAUCUUGCGUUCUUUCUCUCAUACAAGUAAUAGAGAAUAACUUUCCAUCAAAUGAUUUGAUCCUCAGUAUGUCAUCUCUGUAUUGGCAAAAUGCUACUAUUAAAGUGUAAUUCUUGAAUUUAGGUUGAAUUGAUGACUUUUUAAACAAAGAAACACUGGACAUUUCUACACUGUAUUGUGUUUGCAAGCACACACAUAAGACUGUAGUGCCAUCACAUAAGAACACUGGCACUUAUAAAUACUUCACAAGUUAGCUAUUUAUUUUCAUUUUCAGAAUUGAGAAUAUUAAGCUAUUUACUAUGAUGCUUUUUUUACAUUGUAAAAUUCCAUGAUUAUGUUUAAAAUAUUCCUUUAGAAUGUUAAUUUUUCAGUCAUCAAGAAAAGUCAAACCUAAAAUGUCUUACCACUAAAGUAUUAUUAAAAGGCUUAUUCAUGGAGAUUCUCUUUUUUGAUUAAGCUGUUUUGUAUCCACCUAUCUAAUUUGCCCAAUCAGAUAUUUUCUUGUCAGCUUAGUCCUGCUGUGUGUCAUCAAUUUUGUAAACAACUUUCAUGAGUAAGGGCUCCUUUCAAUUAAUCCCCAGUGAUAUUUUUGGCAUUAAUAUAACAAAGAUGAGACAGUACCUACAUGUUUUCAUUCUUGUCUGUUCUGUAUGAGUGCCUCAUUUUGUAGUCAUGAAAGUAAUAUAGUACCUUAUAUAAAUAAAUGUAAUGAAUAAGGCCUAGGAAUGACUGUUGUAGAAGCUAAAUAGAAUACAUAGUUGUUUGGGAUGUCAGUUUUUUAUUAAAGUGAACACCUUAGGUACCCAUACCAAUUUUAUGUGUAUAUAUUUAAAAAAUGCUCCCUUUUCUAUGUGAUCCAUUUGUUGCCUUCUGAGUUGAGAGAACAAAAUUGAAUAAAGUGAAUGUUAGUUGUA